AAAUGUCAACAGAAACAAACCACCUUUCCCUCGCGCGCUUUUUCUGCUCUUAUCCUUUUCCAUUACGGGAUCUUCAUUUUUUCCUAUUUCCCACUACUUUUUUUUAUUUUUAUUAUUUUUUUAAAUUAAAUUUCACGAAAGAAGAAUCAAAACCCACAUACAAACAGAGUCCCUUUCUUUUUUUCUUGAGGCCGCUUUAUGGGCACAAAUCUUGGCAAAUUAUACUCCGCGAUUAAGAAUUAUUAUGUACUGUAAUAAAUUUGAUCUUGUUUUUCUAACAUAUGACCCCACAAAUUGAGGACCCAGUGCUUUUACACAAUUUUGCAGUAUAUGAUUUUGCGCGCACCAACUGUUCGACAAAAAUGCGCAAAGAACUCUGCCAACAGAAACAUCUCUCUUCAAUUUGUUUCAUUACCUCAACGUUCGUGUUUUCUCUUACAAAGACACUUCCGAUUCUUCUCUCUGGAAAUUCUUCGGUUUCUUUUCGAUGGACAAACACCAGCAUCAGCAGCAGCAGCAGCCUCCUCUGGCCAAGAGCGGUCGUCAGAAGUGCAGUGAAUGGGUAUUCCGAGAUGUUCCGAGUGAUAUAAUUAUCGAAGUAGACGGAGCAACUUUCUCACUGCAUAAGUUCCCACUCGUCUCUCGAAGUGGACGAAUGAGAAAGCUGGUAGCAGAACACCGCGAAUCCGACAUAUCAAGAAUCGAGCUCCUCAGCCUGCCAGGUGGCGCCGCAUCGUUCGAGCUCGCCGCCCAGUUCUGCUACGGAAUCAACUUCGAAAUCAGCACUUCAAACGUCGCACACCUCUGCUGUGUGUCCGACUAUCUAGAAAUGACCGAAGAGUACUCGAACAAUAAUCUCUCUUCGAGGGCCGAAGAAUACCUAAACACAAUCGUCUGCAAAAACCUCGAAAUGUGCGUCCAAGUCCUCCACCACUGCCAAACCCUACUCCCACUUUCGGACAACCUUAAAAUCGUCACUCGAUGCAUAGAUGGCAUCGCCUCAAAAGCCUGCGUGGAGCAAAUCGCUUCGAGUUUUUCAAGAUUGGAGUACAGCAGCUCGGGUAGACUUCACAUGAGCAAACAAAUCAAAACCGAAGGCGAUUGGUGGAUCGAAGAUCUUUCGAUACUUAGAAUCGAUUUAUACGAAAGGGUCAUAACCGCAAUUAAAUGCAGAGGUGUUCGCCCCGAGAGCAUCGGUGCUUCGCUCGUGAAUUACGCGGAGAAAAAAUUGAUCGCCCGUAAUUUAUUAUCGGGCGAUCAGAGCGCGGUUAUUAUUAUCGAGGCGAUUGUUAGUCUACUCCCUAUCGAAAAAAACGCCGUUCCGAUAACUUUUCUCUUCGGUAUGUUAAGAAGUGCAGUUGCGCUCGACUGCUCUGUUUCUUGUAGGCACGAUCUCGAGAUGAGGAUAGGGUCGGUAUUGGAUAUAGCCACGCUAGACGAUCUUUUAAUACCCUCGUUUUGCCAGGCUGGCGACACAUUGUUCGAUGUGGAGACUGUUUGUAGGAUUUUGGUGAAUUUUUGCAGGAGGGAUGGCGGUGGUGAUAGUGACGGCGAUGAUGUGGAUGGUGACGACGUGGAUGGAGACUCGGGGGGUUUCGAGUGUGGUAGUCGUGAUUAUUCUGAUUCUUCUUUGCCUUCGCAGAGCGCGCUGUUUAAGGUGUGUAAGCUUGUGGACAGUUACAUGGCGGAAAUUGCACCCGAUGCGAAUUUGGAGCUCGACUUGUUUGUCGCUAUUGCGGAGAGUUUGCCUGCGCAUGCGCGCACUGUGCACGAUGGACUUUAUCGAGCUAUCGAUGUUUACCUCAAAGCACAUCAAGCACUAUCCGAACCCGAAAAGAGAAAGCUCUGCAAACUAAUCGAUUUCCAGAAACUAUCGCAAGAAGCCGGCGCGCACGCAGCGCAAAACGAACGCCUCCCACUCCAAUCAAUAGUACAAGUCCUGUACAACGAGCAACUACGUCUCAAAAACUCCCUUUUCUCUUCAUACCCAGAAGACGACGAAGACCCUAAAAAGCCGCCUAUGCACCACCACCAGUCGUGGCGGAUCAACAGCGGCGGAGUGAGAAGUGCCGCCAUGUCACCGCGAGACAACUACGCUUCUCUAAGACGAGAGAAUAGAGAUCUAAAGCUUGAGCUGGCGAGAAUGAGGAUGAGAUUGAACGAUUUGGAGAAGGAUCACGUUUGCAUGAAGAGGAAUUUGGAGAGAUCUGGUUCGAGGAAGUUUAUGAGUUCUUUUUCGAAGAAGAUUGUUCGAUUGAAUGUUUUUGCGCGGAGCUAUUCGAGGGGGUCGGUUUCUCCAUCGAAGCUGUCGCAAAGAAUAUGAUCGAGGAGGAUAUCUAUAUAGGUACUUUUUUCGAUGUGUUUUUUUCGUACAUUUUGUUGCUAGCGAUGAGUGUUCUUUUUUUAAUUAUUAUUUAUUCUCC